AUGGAAUUCGUCACGCCAACCCAGUUUCCAGUCAUUCCGACUUAUACCGUCAUGAACUCCGAGGGCAAUCUCGAGGAUCAACAACGACAAGAUCCCGAGGUCUCUGAAGAACAAGCUCUCGGGUGGUAUAAGAACAUGUUAACAUCUACUGGUGAAGAAGCUGUCAUGAUUGGCUCAGCUGCGGCCUUAGAGCCACAGGAUGUGAUAACAUGUCAGUAUAGGGAGACUGGCGUUUUCAUACAGCGCGGGUUCACUCUAGAAGAUCUGAUGAACCAAUUGACGUCGAACAAGGAUGACCCGGGAAAGGGAAGGAAUAUGCCUGUCCACUAUAGCGGGAGAAACAAAGUCGGUGCUCACGCUGUUGCGUCGACCCUCGGAACUGAAAUUCCGCAUGCCGUCGGAGCGGCUUAUGCACUAAAGAUGCAAAGCAUGGAAGACUCCUCAGUCCCCCCAGCAGUUGCAGCCGCCUACUUUGGUGACGGUGCAGCAAGCGAAGGUGACUUCCAUGGUGCAUUGAACAUAGCGGCAUUACGGCAAUGUCCAGUGAUUUUCAUCUGUCGCAACAACGGGUACGCAAUCUCCACGCCAACAUCAGAGCAGUAUCGAGGCGAUGGAAUUGCCGGUAGAGGAGCAGGGUAUGGAAUUGAUACCUUGAGAGUAGACGGCGCAGAUAUCUUUGCAGUCUAUGAAGCUACGAAAGAGGCCCGCAAACGAGCCUUGGAGAACGGUGGUCAACCGAUUCUCUUGGAGCUAAUGAGCUACCGCCUCUCACACCAUAGCACUAGUGAUGAUAGUGCAGCCUACCGCUCCUCCGACGAGAUGGCCAGCUGGAAGACGCAGUAUAACCCUAUCGACAGACUACGUAACUGGCUUAUACGUCGAAAAGUUUGGGAUGAAAAGAUGGACUUGCUCACGCGAAGGGAAACCAGAGACAAGAUCAUCAAGGCGCUAGGGGAGGCCGAGAAGACGAAGAAGCCUGCACUGAAGGAGAUCUUUACCGAUGUCUACGCCGAGCUAACGGAGGAACAAGCAGAACAGAGGGAUGAACUCAAACGUCUGAUCACCAAGUUCCCCGGUGAAUACGAUAUUGGACUUCAUGAGGGGGGGUUAGAGGGGCUCUGA